ACAAAAAUUAUUUCCACUUUUCACAACGUAAAAUGAAUGCAUUACGUAGAAGUGUAGUCUUUUAUCACUCUAAAUUUAAUCCCGCUUACCAUAACGUUAUAAAAUCAAUAACCACCACCAGCACUGGAGUGGCCGACAAUGUUUCACCUCUUGAAGGUGUUAGAGUGUUAGAUUUAACACGAAUAGUAGCAGGACCAUAUUGUACAAUGAUAUUGGGAGAUCUAGGAGCCGAAGUUAUAAAAAUCGAACGGCUCGGCACCGGGGACGAAUGUCGAAGAUGGGGCCCUCCAUUCAUCAACGACUCCCCCGAGACGUGUUACUUUGUGGCGGUUAAUCGAAAUAAAAAAAGUGUGUGCGUCGAUAUGAAAUCGAAGAAUGGGCGCGAAAUCAUCUACGAGUUGGCGAAGAAAAGUGACGUGCUAGUAGAGAAUUUUGUACCGGGCGGUUUGGAUAAGUUGAGACUUGGUUAUGAAGAUAUUCGUGGGAUCGCACCUCAUUUGAUUUAUUGUUCAAUUAGCGGUUACGGAAAUGUGGGCCCUUAUCGUAAUAAGCCCGGGUAUGAUGUUAUUGCUGCGUCAAUGGGCGGUUUGUUGCAUAUCACUGGACCGGAAGAUGGUGCACCUGUUAAAGUCGGGAUAGCAAUGACUGAUAUUGCCACCGGUUUGUAUGCGCACGGUGCCAUAAUGGCAUCGUUAAUUAAGCGUUCGCGGACAGGACUGGGUCAAAAAAUUGAUUGCAAUUUGUUGUCGACUCAAUUGUCGACAUUAAUCAAUAUUGGUUCAAAUUAUCUAAAUGCGGAAAUGGAAGGUAAACGUUGGGGUACCGCCCACGAGAGUAUAGUUCCAUACGAAACAUUUCCCACAAAGAAUGGUUAUUUAACGAUAGGAGCCGGGUCUGAUCAGCAGUAUGUCGAUUUCUGUAAACGAAUCGGUCAACCCAAUUUAGCAACAAAUCCGAAGUUUGUGACAAAUAAAAAGCGCAUAGAGAAUCGUAAGGAAUUGUUAAACUUGCUCUAUCCUGUAUUUCUUAGUAAAACAAAUGCGGAGUGGAUGCAAAUUUUUGAGGGAUCGUCAAGUCCAUGUGGACCCGUCAAUUCUCUUAGGGAGGCUUUCGAUGAUCCGCAUGUUAAAGCAAUAGGUAUAGUUAAGGAACUGCAGCAUGCAACUGCGGGCCAUGUUAAGGUUGUGGGGCCACCCGUUGUUUAUAGCACCGGUGGAAACUAUGUCCGCUCCCCGCCUCCUGCUUUAGGUGAGCACACUCGAGAAGUGUUAAAAGGUGUUUUACAAUUCAAUGAUGACUAUAUUGAUACGUUGGUAUCUGAGAAGGUGAUACAGUAGGUAGAUUUCGAACAUUUUUAUUUUAACCUUGAAAAGUAGAAUUAAAUAAGUAUUUAUAAUUGUGCCUUGUACAUAGAUGUUAUCUUUUUUAGUUUGUGCAUGCAAAUAAACCUGUAUUUUUUC